AUGUUUAAAAGUCCAUUAAAAUCAAGAAAUAAGCUGCUGCUGCUGCAACAACAGCAAAACCAACAAGUACCUCAACCGAUAAAUUAUCAACAACAUCAAUCAAGAUCAUCAAUGGAUCAAUCAAGGCAACAACCAUAUAUUAAUACAAAUCCAGAUUAUAAUAUAUCAGCAUAUUCAACUGAUCAACGUGGUUCAGGAACCAUGUCACCAUCAAAACAAUCUUUUAAUAUAAGUAAUAAUACUGUGCCCAUUUCACCAAGUCAAGCAAGUCAACAUUCAAAUUCCGAACAACAAAGAAAACAAAUAACAGACAAGAUUAUAUUAGAUUGUUAUUCUAAAUUGAAUCAAAAUAGAGUUCCAGAAAUAUCAUAUAUUGCACAUAUUGGAAUUCAAGAAUUUUCACAUUAUCCGAGUCAACAACCUCCUCCAAAUACAGAUCCUGGACCAAUUAAAAGACGAAUUUUAGUUCUUUGUAAAAAACAAUCAGGUAGAUUACAAUUACAAAAGGGAAAAUUUGCAGAUGAUAAAAAUAUUUUUCAAAUUGGUAGAACUUGGGAUUUAACUGAAUUACUGGCUAUUACAAGAAGUGGGUUUGAUGGAUUUAUAUUAACUUUAAAUAAAGAAUAUUAUUGGAAAUGUGAUGAAGAUGAUUCAAGAAUUUGGAAAUUUGUUCGUUAUUUAUGUCAAUCUUAUGGUGAAGCAAAUGGUAGAUAUCCAAAUUUAAAUGGUUAUAGUUUGGAUGAUUUAAUGUUAACUGCAACUCCAAAAAUGUCACCUGCUCAAGUUUCAUCACCAACUUUUAAUUCAAUACCUCCACAACUGCCAUCAAAAUUACAACAUCAACCAUUUCAACAACAGCAACAACAACAACCACCAUCUUCGCCUAAAAGAUCAUUGAAACAAAAAUUAUCAAAACCAUUUUCACAUGAUAAAUCUAGUUUUUCAAAAGAAUCAUCACCAGCUCCAUCAAAUGCAAGUGCUACUGCUUCAACACAUUCUCAUAAAAAAUCAUUGAGUGGCAGUAAAAUAUACAAAGAUAUGGACUUUACUUCAAAUGGUCAAUUACCUCAAAAAUCAAUGAAAGUAAUCCAAAGAGAUGCAAGUAUGAAUACUUCUUCACAUUCAUUAAAUUCUUCAAACAAUGAUCAACAAUCGUAUCAAUCUCAACAACCAAGACAACCAAGAUAUGAGUCAACACAAAGUUUGAAAUCUACACCUCCUAAUCAAGUUGAAAGACAACGAGAUAGUGGAGGUUACAAUAUUGGUCAACAACAAGAUCCAUCAAAAAAUCAAGCUUUCAAAGAAAAACCACAACAUCCUUAUCAAGUUAAAACAAUGUUACCAGAUGAUACCCAAAGUGUUCAUAGUGAUGCUCACAGUUUUGUAUUUGGGGCAAAUGAUUUGAAUCAAGAAAAAGAAUCAAAAUUUCACCCUAUGAAACCAGUAGAUGAAUUACAACCUAAUUUUAAAUUCAAAAAUCGAGAUCUGGCAUCAUCACAAAAAUCAGGGGAGGCUAUAGUACAAGAAUUUCAUGAAUCCAUACCACCACCGCCACAACUACAACUACAACAACCAAGAAAAAGUAAAUUGGCAGCAUCUGCAUUAUCACCAGAUUUUGGUAUUGAAGAAAUCACAGAUGAAAGUGAUAAUGAAACAAGACCAGGUAAAGGUAAUAAUAUAAAGGAGAGAAAGAAAAGCACUACACCAGUUUAUUCUCGUCCUGGAUCUAUUAAAAAUAAAUCAACUUCUCAAACUGAUAUAGGUCCAAAACAACAAUCACAUUCUCGUCGUGCUUCAGAUCUUGAUACUAAUAAAAUAAUAAACGCCAACAACAAACCAACAAAUCAGUAUGAUGUAGAACUAACAAAAAAUCCAUAUGCUAAUAAUAUCAAUCAAUUAUCUCGUGGUCCAUCAGAUUUUGAAAAUAAAAAUCCAUAUGCUAAAUCCAAUUUGAACGCACCAGAACCAGAGGAAAAGGGGUCAGGUAUUCAUUCAGCAAACUCUUCAGGAUUUAUUGGAGAGUCUACCCAAAUUCAUCAACCACUUCAAGAAUUAAACGAUAUGAUUGAUAGUCACAUUGCAGGUAAAGAUGAAUCAUUCAAUUUUGAUGAUCAAAAUAUUGAUUUGAAUGAAGUUCAACCAACACAACAACAAAUAAAAUCAGCUACCAAUAAUAAUCAUUCAAGACGACCGAGUGCUACUAAAAGACGUUCUUCGGGUGCUCCAACAAAGAACGUUUACGAGCCUGAACCUCACAAUUAUGAAAAUGAACCAGAAUUAAAUAUAUCAAGAAAAAAAUCAGUACAACCAUCAUCAACACCAUCAUCUGAACCACGUACAUCGCUAACAAAUUUCCAAAGAGAUUUUGAAACUGAAGAAAUGUUUAAAGAAAUUGGAUGGAACCCUAAAAUGAAUGCAGAUUCACUUUUGAAAAAUUUAAAUAAAGAAUUAAACAAAACAAAACAAGAAACUGUUAAAAAAUUAGUUAAUAUAGAUUUAGCAAAUAAUUCAGUAAAUGAUAUAGGUACAGCAUCAAGUGAAAUUUUAAAUAUGUUGCAUAUUUUCCAAAAAAUGGAUAUUGGGUUUAAAUUGUUGGAUAAUAAUGUUCAAAUUAUAGAUAAAGAUUCCAAAGGUUUACAAACAAAAUAUUUAAAUAAAAAAUUAUUAUAUAAUGCAGUUGAAGGGAUUAUAUCCAAAGUAUCAAUAAAUUCUCAAGAUUUAGCUGAUAUCAGUGGGUUUUUAGAAUUUGAUCAAAUUUCACAAAUUGGAAUUUUGGAAACAAAAUUAUUAAAUUUAUAUAAUGCUAUUAUAACAAUAAGAUCAGAUAUUCAUAAUACACAAAAUAAAGAAGAGGAUUUAAGUUCAUUAAAAGCAUUGCAACAAUAUAAGAUUAAGUAUGAAGAUGUUAAUCAAAAAUUUGUACAAAAUUUUACUGCUUUCAUAAUCAAUAAGAUUAGUAAGAUUGGUCGUACUUUAAUGGAUGAUAUUGAUCAAUUUAGUCUAACACUGAUUUUCAAAUCAUUAAUUCAAUUAUUGGUAUUUUCGGGUUUAACAUAUUACAUAAAAGAAGUUGGUGAACGACAAUUUAAUGAAAUCAAAUAUCAUUUUAAUCAAACUUUUGCAUCAGUCCUUACAAAAAUGUUAUCUACAAAAUUACAAGAUAUGAAGGUUGCUCAAAAAGCUCAUCCUCAUAGUAGUAGUUCGAAUACAACAACAAUGUCUGCUGAAUAUAGUGAAGUUCCAUCUACUCCAAUACAAUCAUCUGGUAGUCGAAGUAACAGAAGAAGAUCAGAUAGAACUUCAUUGUCACCAGGAUUAGCUAAUUCUUUAGAUGAUUUAUUUGAUGAUGACUUAGAUGAUGAUUUUGCUUCGUUAAGAAAAUCAAGAAGUUCGAGAUAUUCAAGAAAAGGAGGUUCAAGAUACGGUGGUAGUUCCUCAAUUAGUGGUAGUACGUCAAAUUAUGAAAAAGAUGAUAGUGUAAAGAAAAAACAAAAUCUUGAAUCCAUCAAGAGACAUGUUAUAUCUAGAGGUCAAAUUAAUGAUAAUGAAUUUGAAGAUUCAAAAGCUAUAAUGGGAUUAAUUGAAGAAUCAAAAUUAAUUAUUAUGGUUAUACAGUACUUUUUGGUAUUGUUUUUUCAUUAUGAUGUAAACACUUUAGAUUUUGGUGAAUUUUUAUCAAAUAAUCCAUUUCUGAAACGUGAUGAAUUUGGAAGUAAAGCAAGUCCAAUGACGAUCAAUGAAUUUAUAGAUAAUAAAAACAAGGAUUAUAUUGUAUCAAAAGAAGUUAUAGAUAAUUUGAAUUUUGUAUUGGGUAAAUUUAUAUUUGAUUUUUUAAAAAAUGUCAUACCAAUUGAUUUAAAUUUACCAUUAUUAUUAUUAAAUUUAGAAGAUUCAAUUAAUUAUGUACAAAACAAUUACAAGUAUCAAGAUUUCCUUAUAUAUAAUUUUAUGAAUAAAAUUAACGAAAGAUUCAAUAAUCAAUGGAUUAAGUUUAUAACAAAUCAAAUUGAUCUGAUUAACAAUUCAAUAAUAACAGCAAAUAGUGGAAUUUUACCACUGAUUAAAAAUGUCAAUUUCUUAAUAUUAAUUACCGAAAGUUCAAUCGAUAAUCGUGAUAUAAAGGGUACAAAGACAAGAGAUAUAAUAGAUAAAUCAUAUGAUAAAAUAACAGAUUCAUUAAUUAAUUUAUUUAAUAGAGUUGAUCCAUUAAUUUCCAAAUCAAGUGCAGAUGAUCAAAAUUUAGAAAUUAAAAAAGUUUCAAUAUUAGAAAACAUUUUUGUGGUAUUACAACAAGUAAAUGAACUUAAUUCUUAUAAUCAAUCAACGAAUAAAUUAAUUGAAAAAUUAACAUCAAUAUUUAAUAAAGUAGAAUCACAAUAUUUCCAAAAAUUAAUUCAAAAAAAUUUCGGAUCAUUAUUUGAAUUUAUAAACAAUGAAGGAGAAUUGAAAAAACCAAAAUCUACCACUCAAAUUCAUAAACCACAUUUUACUCAAAAAUCAAAUACUAAACUCUUGUUACAAAAUUAUUCAGAAUCAGAUAUUACUAAAAAAGUAGAAGAUUUACAUACAAAAAUAUCAAAACAAUUUAAAAAAACUUAUGAUAAAUCAGGUAUAAGUGGUAAUGAUAAUUUAUUUACUCGAGAUUUAAUUGAUAAAGUAUGGCAAGAUUUAGAAACUUUAUUUAUUGAUUAUUUUACUAGAUUAUCAAAAAUUUUAAGAGCUGAUUCUGAUGCUUUAUUUGAUUAUAAUGUUGGUAGACAAGAUAUUCAUCAUAUUUUUAAAUCAAUUCGUGGUUGA